UACCUGGUUCUCUGUUUCAGGCCUGAUGGCCUCUGUGACCUUCAGAGUCUCAAUGACAACGGCAGCAUCUCCCCAUCACCUCAGCAGAGUUACCCAAAAUCUACCCUGUUGUCAGCCCAAAAUACUUUAUCACAAAAAGCCCUAACAUGUACUGAAGAGGUCCACGAAUCCACUACAGCACCCCAACAGACCCAUCCACGCACCCCCACGUUACCCACUGAGACCCCCACAUUACCCACUGAGACCCCCAAGGUUCACCCUCCAUCCCUCUCACCUCCUCCCCAGAACACCCUCCAGACCCCCCCACCCCAUGUAGCACACUUGGUCCAAAACACCCACACAACAGCGCCGUUGACGCCUUCGAUUUUCCGCCAAUCACCUCCAACUGUUAACCAAAAUAUUUGGCCUGAAGGCCAAACUGAUCCCUCCAAACUGCCUCCAGUCUUAUCACACAAUAUUACCCACAAUACCUCUGAAUCAAAGUCACUUCCUGCCCAGCUUUCUGCCAAAGCUCCUCCCAGCCCUCAGUUAAGCCCCUCCCACCCAGACCCCUUCCUGCUGACCUCAGUGACCACCUCUAGUGUCUCUUCACAUCUCUACACCUCCACCUGCUCGUCAGCCUCCUUCCUCUGCUCCCUCAACUCUCUGAGCCCCCACAUUGGUCCGCCUCCCGUGAUGUCAUCAGCCACACCACAUAUGACCACAUCCCCUUUUACUCUAAGCCCGCCCCCUGCACAGCUGCUGGGCUCUGAUGAUGAGGAGCAGGAAGACCCUUCAGAUUAUUGCAAAGGUGGUUACUACCCGGUGAAGAUCGGUGACUUGUUUAAUGGGAGGUAUCAUGUGGUCAGAAAACUGGGCUGGGGACAUUUUUCUACCGUGUGGCUCUGCUGGGAUCUACAGAGGAAACGUUUUGUGGCGCUGAAGGUGGUGAAGAGUGCUCCACAUUACACCGAGACGGCUCUGGACGAGAUCAAGCUGCUCCGAUGUGUGAGAGACAGUGACCCCUCUGACCCCUACAGAGAAACCAUCGUCCAGCUGAUAGACGACUUCAAGAUCUCUGGAGUCAACGGAAUCCAUGUCUGUAUGGUUCUGGAGGUUUUGGGUCAUCAGCUGUUAAAAUGGAUCAUUAAGUCGAACUACAUGGGACUUCCUCUGAUCUGCGUCAAGACCAUCAUCAGACAGGUGCUGCAGGGUCUGGACUACCUUCACACUAAGUGUAAGAUCAUCCACACUGAUAUCAAACCAGAGAACAUCCUAUUGGAUGUUGAUGAGGUCUACAUCAAGAGAUUGGCAGCUGAGGCAACCAUCUGGCAGAGAGCUGGGGCUCCACCCCCUUCCGGGUCAUCAGGUGAAGAUCAGCCAUAUGAUUGGUCAGAAAAGUGAAUCCAGUGAUCACAUGGAUUCCAGACCCUUUGAUGUAGUGAUGUAGACUCUCUUUAGAGUCACAAAGACGUGUUACUGGGAGCUGUUCAGACUGUCUGUCUGCUUCUCUUCUCUCUUUUUACACAGUUCUUGUCUGUCUGUCUGAUUCUCUGUCUGUCUGUC